CGGCGGCGGCCCAAGAUGGCGGAGCUGCAGCUGGACCCGGCGAUGGCGGGGCUGGGAGGGGGUGGCGGGAGCGGGCUAGGCGAAGGGGGCGGCCCAGGCCGCGGUCCCCCGAGCCCUCGCCCCGCUGGCCCCACGCUCCGCGGGCACAGCCGCCCGCCCACCGCCACCGCGCAGCCGCUGGAGCCGGGUCCCGGACCGCCCGAGCGGGCAGGGGGCGGUGGGGCUGCCCGCUGGGUCCGGCUGAACGUGGGCGGCACCUACUUCGUGACCACCAGGCAGACGCUAGGCCGGGAGCCCAAGUCUUUUCUCUGCCGCCUCUGCUGCCAGGAGGACCCGGAGCUGGACUCAGACAAGGACGAGACAGGGGCCUAUCUGAUUGACAGGGACCCCACCUACUUCGGUCCUAUCCUCAACUACCUCCGCCAUGGGAAACUCAUCAUCACGAAGGAGUUGGCAGAAGAAGGUGUGCUGGAAGAAGCCGAGUUUUACAACAUCGCAUCUCUUGUGCGACUGGUUAAGGAAAGGAUACGGGACAACGAGAACAGAACUUCACAGGGCCCCGUGAAGCACGUGUACAGGGUCCUGCAGUGCCAAGAAGAGGAGCUCACGCAGAUGGUGUCCACGAUGUCUGAUGGUUGGAAAUUUGAACAGCUAAUCAGCAUUGGAUCUUCCUAUAACUAUGGAAAUGAGGACCAGGCAGAAUUCCUCUGUGUUGUCUCCAGAGAACUAAAUAAUUCUACCAAUGGUAUCGUCAUAGAGCCGAGCGAAAAGGCAAAGAUUCUUCAGGAGAGAGGAUCUCGGAUGUAAACUCCAGAAUCCUAAAUUGUCAAGAGAGCAACGCAGCAGAGCACCUCUGUGAAGUUAAAUCUCGCUCCUGUACAGUAACCGAGCUACUGCGAAGCAAAGCUGAGCCUGGCCUCCCCAGUGGAGAAGUGUUCUGGUCAAAACCAAAGGAAUCCCACCCCCACCCACAGGAACCUGAAGACACGCAGCUUCUGGCUGCAGAAUACCUUUUCAGAAACCUGCUUUUGUUUUCUUAGCCAGUGUUAUAACAAAUCUUUACAAGAGCAGCUGGGUUGGGUUCCCAGUUGGAGCCCUUCUGGGGAUCUGGGAGAGGGGAAGAGGAAGGCCCAGCUCCUUGCACAUGCUGUACUUCAAGGAGGCUGGAGUGGACAAAAGAGCCAUGUUUUCACCUGAGUGUGCCACGUUGAAUGUUGCAGCCGCUUUGUAACACCAUCUUUUCCCUCCUGUGCACCCCCAAGUAAUGCAGCAGAUGCAAAGGAUUCUAGCUUCAGUUGGUUGAAUUGAGGUUUGGAUAAAGGAUACAGUUGCCAGAGUACUCCACAUUCCUAUGAGCAAAGCCUCCUUGAGGAGGGGGAGGAUGGGGUGUCCUUGGUUGUGGUUGGAGAUUGGGGGUGGCAGCUCUGGAUUCAGGGCACCCAGCUGCUACCAUGUUCAGCUUUGCCUCAUUUGUCUCCAGCAGCCUGGACCCUCCAGAUGGCUUGCUUUCUCCCUGAGAAGAGGUUCGAGGCAGGCAGCAUCCUGCACUGAAUCAGGCAGGCAGGCAGACAGGAGCUUUAGGUCAUCGGUGUAACUGCUUCUGCAGCCUUUUCUUGCCCUCCAUUGGCCCAUCUUCCUUCCCUGACUUUUUAAACUCGGCCGAGGAUAAAGGGACUUAGGACCCUCUGUUGAUGGCUUGGGGUAGGGACGGCUGUUUCUUUGAAAGUUGCCAAAUAUGUUAUGUUGUAGUAUCCAAAAGUGUUGUCAUUUCUGUGAUCGUCCCUUGGAAAUGGCCUUGACUGGAAGCGUGACAUUUGUUUGUGUGUCUUCCUGACUUCUAACCUUGGCAGGCCUGCGUCACCACAGUGUCAGUGACCCCACACCAUCCCCCGCAGUGUGUGUGCGUUUGCUGGGCGACCUGAGGAUGCCUGCAUCUCUGACCCCAGCCCUCACCGUCACUUCUUUCUGUGGAGUGCCAAGGAGCAAAGCCUCCUCAGAACUGGACCUGCUCUCUGGGCUUUUGCGUCUGGGUGAGCAGUCAUGGAAUGCCAAGGGGCCAGAGGAUCCUUAUUUUUCCCCAGAUGACUUUCAUAGUGUGGCCAGUGGUCUGGAGCAGGGGACAGUGCCCCUGGGGGUUGCUCCAUCCAUAAAUGCCCCCUCAAGCCCAUGGCUCCUGGGCACCUUGGGAGCUGAGGUUCAUUCUCUCUGCUCCACAGCUCAGCUGCUCACUCAGUGGGUCUGGGGUCAUAGUUUUUUGGAAAUGACUGUCGACUGUGCCAAUUGUCUUUUGAGCCUACGACCUACUCCUGCCCAGAUGACAUAGCUCCUCUCCAGGGGUCUCGCACUGACCUUAAUCCUCUGUGUGCGGAGCAGGAGAGAAACGUGUGCACAGGGCGCCCGCGCACCAGUGUGAACGUGCGUGUCGGCCCUGCAGUCCGGCCGGUGCCCAGGACUUCUACAGCUGUGAUGUUAGAGGCACCUCUACCUAGGAAAAAAGCAGUUGCCCCUUCAGAAAGGUGCCCGGCAUCCAUUCUGUCAUCUUUCAGGAAAAAAGAAAAGUUUUGAGUGUCAAGGAAAAGCUGCUCUGACCAGAGCAGCACGGAGGAUGAUGGGUGAGGUGCUUUUUGGCCAAUUUGAGUAAGUAACAUCAGACUGAAAGGAGGGAAAGCAGCUUCAUCCGGGACCUCGUGCCCAGUCAGAUCUGCUUUCCUGGGGUUCGCCUUAUACUCAUCCUCUGGUCCACGCCAGUGGGGAGGAGCCAGGAGGGCUGCAGGGCAGCCGUGGGCCAGCCACCAGAAUGCACUAUGAGUUCCAGUGCGUUUCUCAGAGGUCCACAGUGGGCCCUGUGGAAAGACUGUGAGCCCCUUGCUGAGUGCUCUGAGACACGGGCGGUCUCUGUGCUCUCCUAGAGGGCUUCUUUCACCAGGCUCCCCUCCUCAUGGCAACCCGACGACGGUUUCAGUUGUUCCAGUGCUCCAGAAAUCUGAGGAGGAUUUGUUUCUUAAGGCUUCUGGAAAAGUAUUGUACCCAAGCACGUUAUGAACCAAGUUGGUGUUUUUUCUUGGAAGCCUUCUCCCUCCAGGAGAGUCUGGCUGAUAGCUCCAGAGAGAGGUCUGGCCAUUGGCUUGGGGGUAUCCCGUGACCAGUGACCCACACUUCCCAGCUGCCCAGUGCAGCCACGUGCAGAGCAUCUCCCUGCCUCACUGUCUGCCCAGGUCCGAGGCCACAGGCAGUGCAGGCCAGGCCUGUGGAGCGGCCUGGCAUCUCCUAAGUGAUGACACAGUAACACGCAUCUGUCUUUUCCUCAGAGCCUGCUCUUUCUUGGCAGUGAGGCGGGGCCCAGCCUCCUCUGGCAUGACUCCGUCUCUGCACAGUUGUUACUGAUCUCAGGGGUGUCAGUGGGGUGCAGAGGAGGCAAGGACAGACAUGCUGAGGGAAUAGGGCUGAGAAGUCACCCGCACCCUCCAGCGUGGCCUUUGAUCCAGACCUUAGGGACCAUGCCUGUCACUUGUGCGUGCCCUUUGUUGACCAUUUGUGUGUUAAAGUCUGAAAUGCUGUGACCCUUUUUUUUUUUCCUGUCAAUAAAGAGAUGAAACAAAAUUCUGAAAUCUUGAAA